CUCAAUUACUGGUAGCGAUAAACAUGGUUUACUCUUCAGCAGGAGCGAAACUUUCACGGUUUAUUUCAUUUCUGUUACCAAAUCCGGUGUGGCGCAGAUUGUUGGCUAGCAAUGUUAGUGACGGUGAGCAACGACUUAGAAAUAUACUUCAAGAUACGUUUUUGGCAACAGAGUUGGAAGUGCAAGAUGUAUCAGGAGGAUGUGGGUCCAUGUAUCAAAUCAGUAUAACUUCAGAAAAAUUCAGAGGUAAGAGACUCAUCCAACAGCACCGAAUGGUAACAGAGGCUCUGAAAGAUGAAAUCAAGAAUAUGCAUGGCCUUACAUUGACUACAUCGGUUCCAGAAUAGACUCAUGGACUGUUCUUACACGACAGUUUGUCAUCUAGUUUUCUUCUGAGUAAUGCAUUAUUCUACUGUGACAGUAGCAGCAAUUGUUGUCAGACAGUUUGAUUAGUGAACACUAACAAGAGUUGAGAACGCUCUCACAGAUAUCUGGC